CUCGCCCGCGGCUUGCACACGACUUGAUAAGACGGGUCAAAUAAACAAAUUUGUUUUGGAUUUGUGUAAUUUUGCACUCGUUCGAGUUCGAGGCAAGCCUAAUGGGUAUAAAGGAAGGAGGCUUUGACGAAAUGGGUCAUCAGUUAAAUACCCAACAAGCAAGCAAGUGAAGUUUAGUUCUCCUCAGCCAAGGCAAUACAUAAGAUACCUACAAAAUGGUGUGCAAGGGUUGCGGAACAAAUUGCCAGUGCUCGGCACAGAAAUGUGGGGACAAUUGCGCCUGCAACAAGGACUGCCAUUGCGUUUGCAAGAACGGACCCAAGGACCAGUGCUGCAGCAACAAAUGAAGGAGCCAACCAACUGAAUAUAACUUCUAAACUAACGCUCAACUCCCAUCGAGUUGGCCAUAAUAAAUAAAGUUUGUGAAGAUUUCGAGCAUUUAAAA